ACAUGCCACAUGCACGACAACCCCACAAAUACACACGCGCGCUUCGGUAUCCUUGAAUUCCAGAGCAGCUAGCAGCAGAAACAAAAGCAGAAACACGGCCAAACUAAAAACCGUCGCCGAAGCCAGCCAGAGAGACGUGCGGUGCAGCUAGCGAGGGACGGAUAUAACCACACUUCUUCUUCUUCUCCGGCCGUCUCCUCCAGUCCUCCUCCUCCUCCCCGGCCCUCGCCUUUCACGUGCCGCUUUCCUUCCCGGGAAACGGAAAUUAGGCCUAUUCUUUACUCCUCCAGCUGUACUGUCCAAAAAAGAAGUGGGGCGUGGUGGUCUUAACCUACGACCUCACCCCUCCCGGCCCCGGGCAAUUAAACAUCCCGCGUCUCGUCUCGUCUCCGAGAAGCAACCGCAGGCAGGCAGGCUGUACGGAAUUUUUGCUGUGAGUUUUGAAAGUUUUCUUUGCUUGAAACAUGGGAGCUGAGCAGCAGGCGGCUUCAGCUAAGGCCGGCGGCAGCAGGUUCGCCGCGACGUGCGGCCUGCUGCGGCAGUUCAUGAAGGAGCAAGGCGCUGCUGCCGCCGCCUCGCCGGCCGUGACCAUAGACUUCAUGCCGGCCGCCGCUGAUGGUUUCGGGGCGGCGCCCCAGGAGAGGAGGACCAUGGAGCUCUUCCCCCAGCAGGCCGGCACACUCAAGGACUCGCAGGACCUAAGGAUGUGGCCUGAGAAGGCGCAGCUGACCAUCUUCUACGGCGGGAGGACGAUGGUGUUCGACGAUUUCCCCGCCGAGAAGGCCAAGGAACUGCUGCAGCUCGCCGGCUCCUUCGAAGCCUCCGACGCCGGCUCCGAGCCCGUCAAUUACCAUAACUCGCAGGCGGAGCCUUUCUUGUCAGAGAUGCCGAUGGCGAGGAAGGCGUCGCUGCAGAGGUUCCUGGAGAAGAGGAAGAGCAGGCUCGCCGCGGCUGACCCGUACUACCCGGGGCCUUAUUUUGCGCCAAAGGAGAACGGGAUUGGUGGCAAGCCAGUGGAAGCAGCUGAUCAUGGCGCGCCGUGGCUCGCUGUCAGCAGCCCCGUGCUCCACCUCAACUGAAGAAUUUGCGUGAUGAAACGUACCGGCCGGGAGAGGAGAAAGAAGAAAUCGCUCCGCGCGCCCUAUUACUGCGUACUUCUCCACGUGCACGCCCGUGGAUUAACUAUUUGUUUGUCAUUGCUAUUCUACGCCCCGUUAAUUAGCUGCUGCUUCGACCAGGGUAACUGGUUAAUCAACUGGGCUAUCUAUGCACUUUGUGAUGAUCGAUCAUUGGUUAAGUACGUAGUUUGUCCAUCGUCUGUUUAAGAAUUCUUUGGCCACCGAAUAAAGGAAUUCUUUUUUCGUGCUGUUGAGUUUGUUUAUAUGUGUGCCCGGUGUAUAAAUGGGGGAAAGUACCCUUCACACUGUUUGUGUUUUUGUACAAGUAUCAUGUAAUGUAUGCGCCGUGUUUAUUUUAUUU